GCGACGCAUAUAUAAAAUGCAUCCUACACCUCGAAGGCCCUCAUCAGUUACAACCAACAAAUCACCUCUCGUAUUACACCAAUGUCGAACCUCAAAGCUCUUUUCCAGCCCCUCAAACUUGGCCCUACGACCCUCAGGAAUAGGAUCCUCAUGUCCGCCUUGACACAGAACCGUUCCGUCCCCACGAACGUCCCCAAUAGUCUCAAUGCCGAAUACUAUCGGCAACGCGCUGAGGGUGGCGCUGGCCUGAUUAUCACAGAAGGCGUCCUCGUUUCUCAACAAGGCACUGAAUGGCAGAAUGCUCCUGGCAUCUGGUCCCAGGAGCAAGUCAAUGGAUGGAAAAAGGUUACUGACACUGUUCACAAAGAGGGAGGCAUGAUAUUCACUCAGUUAUGGCAUCAUGACCACCCUGAUGCGCCUGAACAAAUCGCCUCAGGACUCCCCAUCUAUGCACCCUCAGCAAUCUCAGCCCAAGGAGGAAAAUUCCGUUUCCUCCCCGGCGAGCCAGGCUACGUCACCCCCACCGCAAUUGAUGACCCCCGCACUCUGCUUGCCCAGUGGAAGCAAGCUGCCAUCAACAUGAAACAGGCCGAGUUCGAUGGCGUAGAGAUCCAUGGCGCGAACAGAUACUUGAUCCACCAGUUCCUCGAUAGCACCGCGAAUCACCGGACAGAGCAAUGGGGCAGGAGCGUGGAGAAUAGAGCUCGGUUCCCUCUUGAAGUUGUCAAGAUCGCGGUAGACGUCUGGGGUGCGGAUAGGGUUGACACGUUCCGGUACCUCAUCUCAGAAAUUGACAGGCUAGGGAUCGCCUACGUCACGCUUCGCGCAACGAAGCAUGAUGUCCUCGGAACGUAUGCCCCCUUGUUGAAGAAUCCUGCUACGAAAGUAUUCGCGAAUGCGUCAUUCACAGGCGAGGAGGUGGCACGGUAUGUUGAGGAUGGGAAGGUGGAUGGUGUUUUCUUUGGUAUUCCUUGGGUGGCGAACCCAGAUUUAGCGAAGAGGUUUGAGAAGGGCGUUGCGCUAGAAGGGAAUAUUGAUUUUAUGACGCUUUAUGGGCAUGGGGGAAUGGAAGCGGAUGAGAGGAAAGGGUAUGCUGACUAUCCUGCAGUGGCAUUGUAGAUAUCCUUGC